CCAGAGCCGUGAACGCUGGAGGUUCAUCAGAUCGACUGUGCAAGGGUGCCAGGACGCAGGGCAAAGGUCGGGCCUGUGACGUUUCUUCAGUCUCUUCUCCUGGCGAUGUUCUCCUCAGAAGGCCUCGGUGACCCAGAGACGGGUUUUUCUCACUCCACGGUCCCAGAUCCCGGCAGCGGAGUCAGCGUCCCAGAAAUAAUCCGGAAGAAACGGGAUGGCGAGAAACUCAAGGAGGAGGAAAUCCGCGCUUUUGUCCGGGGGGUGACUAAAGGCACCCUGAAGGACGGGCAGAUUGGGGCGAUGCUUAUGGCCAUCCGACUGCAGGGCAUGGGCGCCGAAGAGACCCUGGCCCUGACCCGGGAGAUGGCUGCGUCGGGGCGCGUCUUGGAGUGGCCCGAGAAAUGGCGGGGGCUCCUGGUGGACAAGCACUCCACCGGCGGGGUGGGCGACAAAGUCAGCCUGCCCCUCGCCCCAGCCUUAGCGGCCUGCGGGUGUAAGGUGCCCAUGAUCAGCGGCCGAGGCCUGGGCCACACCGGAGGCACUCUGGACAAGCUGGAGUCUGUGCCGGGUUUCAAGGUGUCCCAGAGUCCCGAAAAGAUGGAAGAGAUCCUGGAGACGGUCGGCUGCUGCAUCGUGGAGCAGAGCCAAGAGCUGGUCCCGGCAGACAAAGCCCUCUACGCGCUGAGAGACGUCACGGCCACGGUGGACAGCUUGCCCCUCAUCACAGGCUCUAUCCUGAGCAAAAAGGCUGCAGAGAACAUCUCCGCCCUGGUUCUGGACGUGAAGUUUGGCAGUGCGGCCCUCUACCCCACCCUGGAGAGCGCCCAGGAGCUGGCGGAGAGCCUGGUGUCAGUCGGGACACAGCUUGGGAUCAGCUCUGUAGCUGUGCUCAGCAGGAUGGACGAGCCGGUGGGGCGCCGAGUGGGUCACUCCCUGGAGGUGCUGGAAGCCUUGGAGUGCCUGGAAGGAGGAGGCCCUGCAGAUCUCCGUGAGCUGGUUACCACACUAGGGGGUACCUUGCUGUGGCAGUGUGGCAGAGUGGCCUCAGUGCCCGAGGGGGCUGCCCGUGUUGCCCACGCCCUGGACGACGGCUCAGCACUGCGGACUUUCCAAGCCAUGCUGCAGGCCCAAGGAGUGGAGGCUGCCACGGCCCGGGCCCUGUGCGUGGGCUCGGAGGACGAACGCUUCCAGAUGCUGGGCCGGGCCAGGACCCAGGAGGAACUGCUGGCUCCGAAGGACGGAACCGUCCAGCAGAUCCUAGCCCUGCCAGUAGCUCAGGUGCUCCACCGUCUGGGAGCCGGGCGCACCCGGGAGGGGCAAGCCAUCAACCACCACGUGGGGGCUGAGGUACUCACCUCUGUGGGGCAGCCCCUGAGGAAAGGGUCUCCGUGGCUCCGGAUACAUCACGGAAGCCCCAAACUGAGUGACGGGGACCGAAGCGCCCUGCAGGCGGCACUGAUCCUGGGAGACCCCUUUCCUCCCCGCUCCAAGGUGGCAAAGACCAUCUUUCCCCAGACGCCUCUGAAAGAGGCUGGGUCGAUGGGGAGACCGGAGAGGCCGGAACAAGAGCAGAACUUGGGGGCACCGAGCCACCGCCCAGCUGAUUCGAAACCGGUCGGUCCUGGCAGAGACUUUCCUUGA